GCACAGCGCGAGAAGGAGCCGCGCGGGGAGCGCACCGUCCGGGAUGGACUGAGCCACGCCGGCCGCCUAGCGCCGAGUCUGUCCUGCCCUCGCCGGGUCCCGCGGCGCAGGGCCGAGCUGCGAGCUGAGGACACCGCCUCCCGCGUUCCCCGAGGACGGCCGCGGACCAGCUACCGCGCCGGGGAGAUGUCUGGUGGCCGGAGGAGGGGCGGCGCCCCCUGGCACAGCUUCUCCCGGUUCUUCGCUCCCCGAAGCCCUUCCCGGGACAAGGAAGAGGAAGAGGAGGAGAGGCCGGGGACGAGUCAGCCGCCCGCGCCGGGCCGGGGCGCUGCCAGUGUUGAAAAUGAGGCCAUGGGCACACGUCAGAAAAAGGAACAUGUACUUUCAUCAGAAGCAGUAAAGAUUCCUCAAAGUGAAGACAAAAGGAACCAUUCUGAGAGGCUAAUCAGUCUUCCAACACAGGAUGAUUCCAAAAAGCCAAAUGACCUUUCUGGUUCCACUUCAGACGCCAAAAUAGGAGAAAGCGAUAAACAGCCAAAAGAAAGCUUUUUUCAGUUUCUUGGUAGCUUAUUCAAUAUCUCAGGAAAAUCAUCUCCUGGUGAAGCCAAGCAGUCUUCUUUCAAAGAUGGACAUGACAAAACCGAGAAAGACUUACGAAAUCCCAGUGACCAUCGUGAGGAAGGGGUCCAGAAGAAGAGGGCCGUUGUCAGUGGCUCCCUGGGAACCGAGGCACUUCCAGCAGAAGAAGAAGAGUCCAACUCAGCUGAACUCUCAGAUGCCUUUUCUUUGGAUACAACACAAGAAAGUGAACAGGAAACCAGUGAUUUGCCAAAACAAAUGGAUGGUAAACCAGAGAGGCCCUUAGUAACAUAUGCAACGUACCGAGGCUCCAGACAAAUGAGGAAGUAUUUGAAGCAGCAGACUGUGUCGGAAACUGUGAAUCCCUUAGACAGAGAGAAUGAAAGUUCCGACUCUAGUUCGAGCACACAUGUUGGCCCUGGAAGUGAGAUGGAGGCUGGGAUGGUGUCAUUGUCAUCAGCUAGCACAGAUGUAUCUGUGCAAGGACAAGUGCUCAAAGGCCUGUUAGAAGACUCUGAUUAUAAUAAAGUAAAUCUCCCCACAGAAAGCCAUUCAACAAACAACCAAGAACUGUUGAACACUGCUUCUUCUAGGGAUGUUUCAAAUAGAAACAAUCAUGGGGGACCUGAGAGAAAUAGGUCAUCCCAUUCUGUGACUAAUUCCAGCUCCACUGCUGGAGAAUCUGACUCACAACACCAUGUAAGUUGUGCACCAGUUUCUCAGACUGACAGAAAUCUGGUAUGUUCAGCAUUGUUAACAGAAAGUAACAGCAGCAAAAUUCCUUGCAGUACAGACUUGCAGAGGACAGCAACACCAGCAACGAUGGUAAAAGAAAACAGCUCGGUGAUGAGUGAUGGAACGCUGGUGCAAAGAGAGGAGCACGUUGAGCCUGAGAGCCCUGCUAUUUCCGACUUCUCUUGUAGUAAAUCUGCUGGGAGUGACACUACCAAACAUGGAAAUACAGAUUUGCCAAGUCCAAAUAAAUCAAUUAGGUGUGAAGCUCAGCAGUUGCCAGAGAGUAAGUGUUCUGACAAGCAAACUGUAGAUAACUCAUCAAAGCAUGCUGCCAGUCACACCAGCACCACUGCUCUCCAGAGACAUGCUAUAACAGACACAGAACUUGUAAGUGAAGAAAACAGAUUGUCUGCCCAAGACACACAGAAAAAUUUGGCUCCUUCAGAGAUCAAGCAAGAAACAGAAAGCACCUCAGUUGGUGAACCCACAACUCCAGGUCAUGUAAAAGCUCCAGAAGAUAGAAUCAAGUCAUUAGCCAAAGACACUGACCAGUUGUUGGUACCAGAAGCCAAAAAGCUUGUUCGGCCACAUGGCAAAAUGCCUCCCAUUGUUAGAAUGAAUCGAAAGGACUCUGCCUCUGUAAAACACACCAGUGAAUCAGUAGUUGUGGCAUGCUUAGAAAAUAAAAUAGCACCUGAACUGGAUUUUGAACUUAAUAGAAAUCACAUUUCAGCAUCUCUUCUUGACUCUGAGAGUCCUCAGCAAGCCAAAGCAUCACUAGAUGCCAGGACAUCUCUUAACCUUGACCACAAAAAAUUCGAUUUCAGUACUUCAUCUCCUACCUUUGUUUCUGGAGUUGGCAUGCUGAGCAAGUUGGAUAUUCCCGUUUUAAAGAAUGAAGCUUCUUCUGUGCUCAUUGAAACUAUGGAUGUCAACAUUGUUGGUAUUUCCAGUCAGCCUAGUGAGUGUCAAGAAGAAAAUGUGGCAAAUCAUGUUGAGGCCAGAGACAAGAAGAGUUUCCCUGCUUGCCUUCACCCUAAGCAUGCAUCUGCAAUUCUUGAAUCCAAGGGAGUUCUUCCUGAUAGUGAAAAAUGCCAGUUUCCACUAGAUCUUGAAGCCAGUGACACCCACUUAACUGUAGUGGGCUUGAGGUUUGAGUCUGAAAGCCUCUCUGAGGACCACAGUUCCACUUCAUCUCAAGGCUGCGAUAAAGCAGAGUUAAUGCUGUCAAACGCCAAAGCAAGUAAGAGCACUAUGGACAAGUCUGAUUCUUCUUUCUCCUUGGAAACCAAAACUGAUAACACUGCAGAAAUGUUAUCAAAAGCUGAAGUUGAUGGUCAGAACAGUGUUCCUGCUGAGUCACAUUCUGGAAAAGGAAAAACUCUAGGUAUCUCCAAGAUAUCUGUUUCUGAAACAGAGCCCAGAGACACUUCUCAGGAUAAAAUUUCUUUUCCACUUGAAAUUACAGAUGUGCCAGCAAAUCCUAUUUUAUCAGAAUUGACUCCCCUAGAAGUUGAACAGGACAAAAGUUUUCAGUUAGUGGAUCAUAAAGAGAUUAAAGAGAAAUAUUCAGAUGCCGGCCUUAAAGAGAAUUACCAAACUGAGAUUUCUCCUUCUGCCUCCAAGUGUCAAGGUCUACAGGAAACAGAGGUGGAAGCCUCAGGUCAUCCUCCUGCUCUUCUCCAAAGUAAUAUACUUGGGACUUUACCUCCUGUUCAUGAUGGAAAACUUACUAGGCAAAUGGCACAGAAUUGUGAAGCCAACUCUUCUGUGAUUCAUCAACCUUCAGUUAUUUGUGAGACCAAGAUGGUUUCUGUUUUUUCAGAAAUGGCAGAACUCAGCUUAACUAAUACUUCGCCAAAAUUCCAAGAAACCGACAGCACAGAAGUAAAUGCACCUUUUCUGGGUACUGCUAUCAGUUUGGGAAAAAAUGCUUUUGCAUCUGAGGAGUCAAGUUUUCUUACUAAGCCUUCUGUUCUGAGAUCAGAAAAGAGAGCCUCAUCUCACAGAAAGAAAGAGGAUGCUCAUUUCCUAAGUGGUGGUAUGGACAGCAUGGCUUCUUCCUCAAGUAACUCUGAAAAAGUUAGCAUGGUUACAAGUUCACAUAAUCCCCCAAAUAAUUUUAGUUCUGGAAAAGUUCCCAUAAAUGUCCCCCGUGAUGGUGCCUCUUUAACUAACCUGCUGUCCCCUAAUAGCUCUUAUUUGGAAUUUGCGACAACUAUCCCAACAGGGGCAGAAGUUACCCCACUUCAGGACCAUUUUGGGAAUCAUACUGGGACACUUGAUUUCCCGACUGCUGCCCAAUUUGACAAUGCCAUGGAAGCAGAGACUGGAGCCGUUGCUGGGGCCCCAGCGUCAGUUAACAGCUCAAGCCAGCAGUGUUCUGAAGCAUCUGCUGAGCACACAGAAGCCAGGAGGAGAGCACAUGACCAACGUUUGGACCUUGAAAGUGGUUUAUGUAAAAAGGAUGAUACAUUGAUUGGUGAGCUCUUUAAUUCUGUCAGGGAAGAACUAAAAUCCAAACACACAGCUGGUACCUGCCAGGAGCACAUAGCCAUAGACGGCAUAAUGAAUCCAGGUACCCUGGAAGAAGACAUCCCUGAGAAAAACCCAUCAGAAAUGGCACUCACAGGGAUCCAGCUGACAGAGCGUUUGGAAGAGCAGGCCAUGGAAAACAUGUCUGAAGUUCAAGGGGAAGAAAAGGCCUGUGUUUCACCUAUGGUUGGUGAGAAGAGUCUCCUUCUUGAUUCUGAUAGAAUGAAUAUGUCUUGGUUGUUAGAAGAUCAAGCUAGGGAAUUAGUCAACGAGAUUAUUUAUUCAGCCCAGGAAACCUUAGCAAAUGAUGCUGAGGAAACCUGGGAUUCUGAACUUCAGGCUAAUAGUUCAAAAAUUCUGAACAGUGACCGUGUUAAGCCGCAUGCUAUGGUAAGGGAGUUCUUGGUGUCAGAACAGGCAGUAAAUCAAAGCACAAGUGAAAUUAGUGAAAAAGUAUUAAGCAGAUUCUUGGCUGUAGGUAACUUAGUUAGUGCCACAGAGUCAAUGAAAGGUAGAGAAAUUGCUCUCUACCACCCAAGACCCCCUUUUUCAGGAAAUAGAGGUGGACAGUCUGAUAGUAUAAAUUUGCAGGAAUCAGAUACUGUUUCACUAGCUGAAGACAUGCCCCAUACAGGGUUAGAUGAUAAAGCAAAAACACAUUCAUUUCUCAACGAGGACUCUAAAGAGAGAAUGGAAAUAGUGUGUGUUGAUAAUCACAAAACUGAGACAGAGGAUACAAGAACUCUUGUAUUAAAUUUCAAGUGGCCUCCACUUGUGAAUGAUGACAUCCAUGUACCUGGGACAUCUAAAAGCAGUUUGUCUGAUACUCUUAUAUGUAUAUCUGAAAAAAGCUUGCCAGGACACAGUAAUAAAAGCACACCCCUUGCAAUGUCAGAAGUAGGGAAAGUACACAAGAAGGAUACUGAAGCAAAUAUAGGAAAAAUUGAGCUUAUACCUUCCAUGUUAGAAAUGGGAAAACCAAAUAAGAAGGAUGCUGGGUUGAAUAUUAUGAAAUAUGAGGCAGUCCCCCCUAUGUCAGAAGUGGGAAGAGCACAUAAAAAGGAUGCUGAAUUGAGUACCUUAAAAACUGAGCCAACAACUGGAAUUCUUAAAAUGAGAGAAGCAUGCCAAAUGGAUGCUGAGAGGUAUAUUGAAAACACUGAGGGAUUCCCUGCCAUUUUAGAAACGGAAAAAGCUUAUAAAAUGAGGGAUACUGAAGGGGAUAUUGGCAAAACUGACAUGAUGCCUGUUAUGUCAGAAUUGAAAACUGUCUACCAAAAAGAUUCUGAAGGAAUAACUGGAAAGACUGAAGUGAUACCUGCUACAUUAGAAAUGGAAAAUAUUUACCAAAAAGAUGCUGAAGGGGAUAUUGCCAAGACUGAGGUGACACCUGUUACAUUAGAAAUGGAAAAUAUUUUCCAAAAGCAUGCUGAAGGGGAUGUUGGUAAGACCGGGAUGACAUCAGUUAUGUCAGAAAUGGACAAUGUCUACCAAAAAGAUGUUGAGGGUACUGAUGAAAAGGCUGAAAUGAUACCUGCUACACUAGAAAUGGAAGAUAUUUACCAAAAAGAUGCCAAAGGAAAGAUGGGCAAAACUGAGGUGAUGCCCAUUACAUUAGAAGUGGUAAAUAUCUAUCAAAAAGAUGGUGAGGGGAUCACUGGAAAGACUGAAAGACCUAUGUUGGACAUGGAAAACACUUACCAAAAGGAUGCUGAAGGGGUUAUUAGGAAAACCGAAAUGGCGCCUGCUUUUGUGUUAGAAGUGAAAGAAUCAGGCAAGAAGGCAGUACCUUCCUUAGAAAUGGAAAAAGCAUAUAAGAGAGAUGCAAAAGAGACAAUUGGGACGAUUGUGUCCAUGCCCUGUAAGAUAGAAAUGGAAAGAACAUCCCCAGAAGAUUCUGAUGGGACUAUCAGGAAACACAAAGUCUUGUCCACAGUGGUAAACAUUGAGAAAAUAUAUGGAACGGGUCUGGAAUUGCCCACUAUACAAGCGGGGGCCACGCCUCCCGCAUUUGAAGCUGAGAAAGCCCUCCAAGAGGAUGCUGAAGUGAGUAGUGGAGAAAUGGAGAAAGAGCCUACUGAAAUGAAGAUGGGCUUGAUAGCAUGUGACACUAGACUUGCCUCAUAUUUCAGGGGUUAUGAAUCACCUACCUUAAGUAAGGAUUAUGAAGGCUACCCAGCCUUAGCAAUGCCAGAUUUUCAACCCGAGGAUACCACAGGAAGGCUAGACAGAAGAACAUCUGUUACUGCAGUACAUAAGAAAAGAAGAGAUCUAGAUUAUGGAGAUGAAAAGGAAGAACCUAACUUAGCCUUCAUUUCUCAGGAUGAACAAGAAAAUUCCUCCUUUACUAUAUUAUAUGAAGAGCCCCUUCAAGAUGAGGACACGUAUGCUACUGCAGAAGUAAGAAGGACACACUCCCUCCUGAUUCCUGCCACAUCUGCUGACAGCAUGCCUGUUUUCGCAUGUGAAAGGUCUGAGAGUAGAACUGACCUUGUCCAUUUUGAAAAGGAGACUAAAUUAGGUGAGACAUUCGAUGGUGAUAGUUCAGAAAUGUUCUUAUCAGUAGAGGCCAAAAGGUACAAGAUUUAUCCCUUAGCUUUGUCUCCCAUUUAUGAGGAUGACAGCUCUCAGGAGGACAUUCUGUCUAGUGAGGUCUCACCUGGUCAUCAUGGCUCCACAAAAUCAAGAGAGAGUACAAACCAGCCCUCUUCUGUUCUAUCGCUUCUCCAGUCAGUAUCGGAGCGUUUAAAGAUGAACUUUGAUGAAGGUGACAGACAGGAGGGAGGGGAAGAGGAGGAAGAGGAGGAAGGGGAAGAGCCGUUGUGUAAAGGAAGUCUGAGAGCUGGAAGGCAGGAAACUGUUACUUUCAAACGGCCAGAUACUUCUAUCACAUUUUACCCUGAUGAUGAUCAGGAAAGUACUGGAAUUUCUAAGAUUUCUUAUGUGACGUCAAAUGAGCCUACUACCUCUAAUCUGCAGAUUGGUCUGUGGCCAGAAAAGGCUUCAUUGCUACAAAAAUCCGACCUUACUUCCAAACUGCAUUCUUCUUUAAAGAGCGCUUUUCAUCAGUAUUUGCAGACUUCCAAAACCCACUCCUCAGAAAAAGGAGCCAGAUUUGGUGGAGUUUUUCAGGAACCAGUGUCAAAAUACUUCCCUGCUCAAGACACCCCAGGCCGAUUAAGUCCAUUCACAGAGAAUGUUGACAAACAAACUCUGAAGUGUAACCCAAGACCUGGGAAGAUGGUUAUCUAUGAUCUCCGUGGAAGUAAACAUAAACAAGAGAUCUACUGUAACAUUCCUGAUGCUACAUCUUCGUCCUUUCCGAAUGGGGUACUGAUAAAAGUUGUAAGGGGCUGCUGGAUUUUAUAUGAGAAACCACAUUUCCAAGGUCAGAAAUGUGUCCUAGAAGAAGGGGAAAAGGUGUUAAAUCGUGACUGGACCCUUCAGAAUAGAAAGCAUCCACAAAGAAACUUUGUGUUGGGAUCUAUCAAACGUGUUUUAAAGGAUUGCAGCAUUCCAGAGAUAGAACUUUGCCCAAAGUCUGAUCCAGCAUGUUGUCCUAUCUGCAUACAGCGAGCAGUCCCCAAUUUGGAAGAGCUGAAUAUUCCCAAAUCUGUGUCUUUCACUGUGAAGUCAGGAGUUUGGCUUGCCUACCCGGAUAUUAAUUUCAAGGGGCAAGCUACAGUUUUGGAGGAAGACCAUGGACUCUUUGAGAUUUCUGCAGCGGAAAUGAAAUCAUUGCGUCCACUUCAAAUGGGUGGACUGAAAGUGGAAAUGCCUAUGAACUUAAAGGUUAUUAUUUAUGAAAAACCUCACUUCCAUGGACAGGCCAAAGAGUUUAGUGAACAUGUAGAUUCUGUCCCUAAUUUUUUAAAAAAUGAUGUAGACUUUCAUGGAAUUGGAUCAAUUCGUGUCAUCGGUGGAGUGUGGGUUGCCUAUGAAAAAGAACACUUUAAAGGCCAGCAAUUCUUGCUUGAAGAAGGAGAUUUUGAAGACAGUAGUGCCUGUGGGGCGUUGAGUGGUUCCAUCUUGUCUUUCCGGUACUUACAAGCUAAUUUCAUAGAAUCUUCUAUCACACUGUUUGAAUCUGAUCUAGAAAGUGGGAAGUUUAUUGACAUUUCAAAUCAGGAAAUUUCUGACUUGGAAGAAAUUGGCUUUGGCAGCGAAACAAGAUCCGUUCACGUUAAAAGUGGCGUAUGGGUUGCCUACCAGCAGAAGUUCUUCUGUGGAGAACAAUAUAUUUUAGAAAAAGGGAAAUACAAAUGCUUUUUUGACUGGGGAGGAUCGAAUAACAUCAUCAUGUCAAUACGACCUAUCCAACUGGAACCACUUGGGAUAAAUGAGCCUCCACAUUUGGUCAAAGCAUUCAGUAAACCAGGGUUCCAAGGUCAAUGUAUAGAUUUUACAAAAGAGAUUUCGGAUUUGACUUCAUCAUUCACUCCAUGUUCUUUUAAAGUUCUUCGGGGUUGCUGGCUCCUGUAUUACCAAGAGGGUAUUUCUGAUCAUCAUUGUGUGUUAGAAGAAGGCCUCUAUGCUGACCUUACUUCCUGUGGUUGCCCAGCAUCUAGAGUCAGAUCCCUCAAGCCCAUUGACUAUGUUUUUGAAGAACCCUCCAUUAGCCUUUUUGCUCUGGAACAUUGUGAGGGGAGAGAGUUACACCUAGAAGAGGCUGUGAAUUCUGUUCUGAACAAGGACCUGCACUUCUACACCCAGUCCGUGUGGGUAAAAAGUGGACUGUGGGUAGCUUAUGAAGGAUCCAAUUUCUUAGGAAGACAAAUCCUACUCGAACCUAAUGAGAUCCCAAACUGGACAGCAUUCAGUGGAUGGAAAACAAUUGGUUCCCUCCGUCCUAUGAAGCAGCCUGCAGUGUACAUCAGAAUAAAGAACCGAGCCCAGGAUGAGUAUCUGACAGUCACUGGAAAUAUAGCUGACACGAGGGCGACGUCUGUGUGCAUUUCUCCCUACAGUGGGAAGAAUACUCAGAUCUGGCACUACUGUCGGGGACUCUUUAAAUCCAAGGCCAGUGACACAUGUCUUGAUGUGAUUGGCGGUCGAGACACACCUGGAGCUAAAGUCGCCCUGUGGACUGAACAUGGGCAGUUCAGGCAGAAGUGGAGACUGAACAAAAACGGAACCAUCAGCUCCUACCUCAGUGACCAACUUGUCCUUGAUGUUAAAGGAGGAAAUUAUUAUGACAAAACUCAUGUAAUUGUAAAUCAGCCCCUGGAGGGAGAAGAAACACAGAAGUGGGACAUUGAAAUAUUAUGAGAGAAUCUGCAGCAUCCCUGAGACAGAGCAAAGGGAAAAGACCCUCACGCCCCAUGGAAAGGAAGCUACCUGUUGUCAUGCUUCUGGAUCACUGAGCAGAAUGAACUUCUUCCCCAACCUUGAAGACUAUUGCUCUUAACCGCGGAAGAGCUCAAAAUGUUCUUGCCAGUUAUGCAGUGGUCUUAUGACGAACGCGUGAUGAUUUCUGGGAAAGGUUCUACUCCUGCUCAAUCUCCAGCUUUGGUGAGCAAGUUUCUUGACGUCUGUUUUCCCUCCUUUCCACCAAACACGAAUCCUAUUCCUGAUAGCCCUUACAGGACACUGGUGAUGCUGUCAUCCUGUGUCAGUUAUGAAUCUCCUAGUAGAUGUGUCUGAGUGCAAGGCACAGGGAAGCAGAGUCCUAUAGGUCAAGUCAUACUUUUAAAAAGAUGAAUAAUUUUUUAAGCAAUAUCUGAAAACAUAUUUAAUAAACCUUACUAUUAAGCUGCUGUAUUAGAUAAACAUUAAAGGUUUUCUAUCGAAGCUUUUAUAACUGAAGCACAGUAAGUAUUCACACUUGUAACUGACCCCAGGGAGGGACCUCAGCUUUGUAAGGAAAAGGCACACUCCUCAAGUACAGGAGUGUUUUCUGUGGCUGUUCUUUGCUCAGUCCUUCAAACUAAAAAAGCACAAAGAGCCUGUGGCUGUCCUUGUACUCUUAGUAUUAACAGAGACACCCUUCUGGGUGACAAGACUGUAACCAGGAGUUACCUAUCCUGGUUCUGAGACCUACCUGCUUUACCCUCGAGAAGUGUUUAUAAAGACUCUGUCACCUACAAAUAAGAAGGGUCAAAUUUUUCUUUGCCUGAAGUAAAGGGAAUUUCAAAUGUUCUAAUUAAGACCAAGUAGAUUUGAACCUUGACUAUAUCAUUUUACUUUAUAAAAUGUGACAGAAAACUCAGUUUUUCACUCCCAUUUUAAAUAGCUUUCAUUCAAGCAAAAUCAGGUAGGAUAUUGUCUUUGGCUUGGUUUCAAGUAAUCAUUACCACCAUCACUAUAUGAUUCUCAAGCCUUUUCCCUCCUGAGCUGGUUUUAAACUUACAUUGAGACAACUGUUCCCAUCAUCCCCAACUUUUGCCAGAAAGCAGAAAAAGGUCUGCUCUAUUUUUGUAAAUGCAAAGGUUAAAUUCUUCAGUGAUAUUUUUAAAAACAUCAACCUAUAUGCACUUUAGAAUAUAAAGUAACAGUGAACUGUUUAAACUCAAAGACCCACAAUUUUGAGUAUUUUUUAUAGAGACUUGGUCUUUCCAUGUAAAUAUUAUUGGCUUUUUUGUUUUUUCCUUCAAUCUCAGGCUCUUUUGUCAUCUUUCAAGCAACAUCUGUAAAACUCCCGUAUGCCCGUAGAUGUGAGUGCCUCUUAUUAGUGUGGCAGUAUUAUUUAAUGAAAUUUAUGUUACAGAGUAACUUUAUUUUAAAGGGGGGGGGCCUUGUGUAUACACAAAGGUAUGUAUAUUUUCACUGUAAAAAUCCAAGUUAAAAAAUUCUUUUCUUCAUGUUAUUUGUUUAAAAUUUUUCUAGAGCCAAUGAGGCUCU